AUGCAACGGAUAUUCUGCCAGACGAAUUUAGAGGCGCAGGGGAUUAGCGAUACCCGCUGGCUCACCCGUGGUGAAGCGAUCCAGCGCCUGCUCGACGUGCUCUCUGCUGCCAUAGUGGUGCUGAAGGAUUACAAGGCGGAACUGUACGAGAUGGUUACCUCGUUCAAGUUCCACUGGCUCAUCCGCUUUCUUGCGGAUGUGCUGUGGGAACUAAACUGCCUCAACCAGCGCUUCCAGCAGCGGCAGGUAAGCGCCUUUGUCGCUGUCGUUUAUGUUGUUGCAAGCCUUCUCGUGCACUACCUGACUCCUUCUCAUGCCCUGGUGCAGGUGGAUGUUACCCUUGUUGCGCACAUCGUGCAGCAGACAAGGAUGCGUCUGAAGACGCGGUAUUCCCUCCGUGACCCUUCACACCAUUUCGGCAGCGGGGAGAAAAUGCAGCUUCCUGAGUUCAUUCAGAGGCACCAGGCGAAGGAUAAGCGCGAGAUGAAGGCGGAGGGCGUGGACGGGGAGGGGAAUCCCGUCACGUUUGAAUUCACGCUGCACGAGCGCCCGCUGCCAGGGCAUGAAACGGAUGGCGAUGUCACGGCGUGCGUCGAGCUGUCGAUCAAGUACGUGCGUGCCAUUGACAAAGAGCUGGAGUGGCGGAUGCGCGACCUGCAGCUGCUGGAAGACUUCAUGGACUCUGAAUGUGCUACUUGUGUAUGUCAUUAA